AAAAACAACAAAGGUCCUCAAAACCAUGAUUCAUCUCUCUCUCUCUCUCCCUCUCUCUCUCUAGAUAGACUUAUGUAAACUUCUUGCAAUCAUUCUUCUACUUAAUCAAGAGUGGGAAGACCCCCCAAAGUUCCUAAAAGAACAAGCUAAUAAGCUAAGGCCUUGUUUGUUUGUUUGUUUGGGAGAUAGCUAGCUAGAUUCAAGAAAAUUGUAUAAAGUUAGAGAGAAGAAGGCUAGAAAUCAAGAAUCAUAGAGUGAUCAAGAAGGUGAAGGUGAAAGAGAAGAUAAUUGAAUUUGAGAGAGAGAUCAGAUGAAUAGAGGUGUUUUGCAGAGUUCUUCACUACCAGUGCAGCAAAUGAUGGGUGGUGGAAGCCCUAAUUGGUGGAGCAUCAUCAAUAAUACCAUGAGGCCUCCUUUACCCCAUCACCAACUCCACCACCACCACCAACCACCGCCUCCUCCGCCGCCUUUCUUGGCUCCUCUCCCCACCCUCUUCCCUUCCCCGCCACCGGCCACCCCCGCCCCUCCCCUCCCGCCCUUAUCCGCCUCCUCGUGGACGAAUAACAGCCACCACGAACACCAACUCCCAGAGUCAUGGAGCCAGCUUCUCCUGGGAGGGUUGGUGGGUGAAGAAGACAAAUCCGGACUGAGCGGUAUGCAGCAGCUACUUAGCCACGCCUCCGCCUCCGCCGCCACCGCCGCUCUGGUUUACGACGUAAAACAAGAAAACCCAACAAACACCUACGUCUACGGCGGCGCCCAUGCCGGAAACGCGGAAUUUCCAGCCAAGUCUUGCGUCACUUCCUUAAGUAGUAAUAACAUGUUGGAUUUCUCUAACAAGUCCGAUGCUAGACAUCCUCCCCCAGAUCACUCUUCCGAGUGUAACAGUACUGCUACUGGUGGGGCACCUACUAAGAAGGCUAGGAUUCAACCUUCUUCAACUCAAUCCACCUUCAAGGUGAGGAAGGAAAAAUUGGGAGAUAGAAUUACUGCCCUUCACCAACUAGUUUCUCCAUUUGGGAAGACUGACACUGCUUCUGUCUUGUUAGAAGCUAUUGGGUACAUUAGAUUCCUUCAAAGCCAGAUUGAGGCCCUUAGCUUGCCCUACUUGGGCAAUGGAUCAGGAAAUAACAUGAGACAUCAACAACAACAACAGUCAUUUGUGCAAGCAGAGAGGAAUUGUUUAUUCCCUGAAGACCCUGGUCAGCUCUUAAAUGACAACUGUAUGAAGAGGAAAGGAACUUCUGAUCAUCAUCAGCCGCAGGAUGGUGAUGAAGAAGCAAAGAAGGAUUUGAGGAGUAGGGGGUUGUGUCUUGUGCCGAUAUCAUGCACGCUUCAAGUGGGGAGUGACAACGGCGCCGACUAUUGGGCUCCGGCGGCUUUCGGAGGAGGUUUCCGAUCAUGAAAUUAAUUAAGAGUAUAAUAAUGUGGUUACUUUGCGCACAGCACACUAAAAAUUAUUAUUAACUACUAGGGAAUUAGCUAAUAGAGAAAUUAAAGAUAAAUGCAGCUAUAACAUCAUGAGCAGUCAUUCUGCUAAGAUUCCAAGGCUGAUUGCUCAUGAUGCUAUACAUUCUUAGUACGUUCCGAUAAUUUUAGGUGUGCUGUGCUGUAUUAAUUAUGUAUAAUUAUUAUUAUGUGUCUCCCUUUCACAUUAUUAUUAAUUCCGAUGUUUCACAACUCAUUAAGAUCACUAUCCUAUCCUAUCCUCACUUUCUAUUGCUUCUA